AUGGAUCCAAAUCAAGUAAGUUUUACUUGCUUCACAGAAGUUUUUACCUUAUACUUGACCUUCACUGAAGAAAAUAUGUUAUUUCUUUGGUAUUUUUGAAUCAAACCUUAUCUCUACAGCUUCUUUUUUUUUGAGUUAUAUCCAAUACCUUGAGAUUUAUUUGACGGCAGGUUUGAGUUUGCCUUUGCAACGCUUUCUUUUGUUGUUUUAUGUAGAUUUGAUACCUAAAACAAUUUUACUUUCUACUUACUAGUUUCUUGAGUGAAAUUUGCUACAAAGUUUGUUUAUUCAUUGUCUUCAGGAUCCAGACUUUACUGCAGCCAGUGUGCACAGCAAUCAUUCAGUUUUCCAUGAGCAGCAAAAUGUGAGCAUCAGUCCUGCUCCGUCCCUUGACACCAUCCCAAAGAAGGUAAGAAUAAUUCUUUGUUUGUUUUGUAUUUAGUGGAAGGAAUGAUGCAGUUGAUUUUGCUGCAACAUCAACAAAAAAUCAGAUUCUCCAUUUUAGGCUCAAAGUCAACGGCCCCGAACAACAGAAACCCAGGAUAGCGGAUAUCCAAAGGAAAAUAGGCCGGCGUCCAAUGCUUCCACUCCAUCAUACCAGUUGGGGCAGUUCAAAGGAGUUUAUGGUAUGUCCUUCACGUUGUUUUGUUUGAUUUUUAGAUUGAUGGAGGCGAGGAUUUGUUUCCCACUUCAUCUGUUUGAUACCUGAUAGAGAUUUCGGGGCUUGGAUGGGGACAAUAAUGUCUUUGCUCGCAAUUUUUGUGCAGUUAGAUAGCCUGUGAGAUUUGACAACUGAUAAAUGUGGUUUUCGAAGUGGUUUCCUUAAAAUCGACUGGUUUUUCGAAAGGGACAUUAUUUUAGGUGGCUAUUAGACACUUUGCUUCUUUGGCGCUUCAAAAAUGAAAAUUUCUGAAAAUGUUUGGUGCUCUAGGAAAGAAAAAAUACUUUACGCAGCCAUUAAUACUAAUUUUUCCAAAUUCUUCGUUCUUCAGCCUCGGAUAUUACACCAUCCACCAAAGCUCGCCCCCAACCUCGUCGAAUAGCCACCCCACGAAUCGAAGAGUUUCCGGAUGACGCUAAUGUCUCACUUUCCUAUCGCUCCGAGCCGACCACUCCGUCAACGUCGACAAUUCCGUCUUCGAACACAGGGUUAGUCCCGAUUCCUCGGCCGUCGCCGUUGAACACAGAUAUUCUGAAGAAAAUGCCGAAGCUCCCGGAGUCCCCGUCUGAAAUUCGGAGUUCCAAAAGAUUCCACGAGCUGUUGGUGGAAUCCCCGAGGGUUGUUCCGAAGAAGUAUAUGAGUGAAGAAGUUGUGCGAAGGCUGACUUGGCAAUUGAGAGAUCAAAUCGAGUUCUUGGACCGACAAGGCGAUGAUUAUCGAAGGUUUUUGGAGGAUGUAAGUUGAUUUUGAUGCCCGUUUGUUAUUUUCAAUAGGUUUUAGGUAAGAGAAAUGCGGAGUAGCAAGGGAUUUUCAAGAUUUCUAAGAAUUUUUGUCAAUGUAAUAUUGAGGAAUGUCUAAGAUUUUAUUUUCAGUCGAAAACCGGCAUCGUCAACGAGCUGAAAGCCCAGAUUCAUCAACUAAACGAAAAUAUCCGCGUUUUGACCGAAGAAAAAAUCGAUCUCAAUCAAGCCCUUGCUGGUCUUCGAGCCGAAAAUUCGAAUCUAAAUCAACGGAAUCGAGAGCUCAAACAGAGUCUGGAGAAGGAGAAACAAAAUGAUUGUUCGGAACUUGAGGUGAGUCUAUUAUUUUUUUUUGAAAAUUUGGAUUUUAGUUGGUGAAGAAGAUGUUGAAUGAGAAACGAACUCAAUUGGUCGAUGCGGAGAAAAAGCGAGCAAAUAUGGUCAAAGAAGUUAGGGUAUUGAAGGAGAAUGCGGUCAGUGAUAAGGAGAAAAUCGACGAUCUUCAGCAGAAAUUGCAUCGGCAACAUGUAAGAAUUUGGUCUAAAAAAGAUGAUUUUAAGUUCAAAUUUGAUUGCUUUUUUGAUAGCAGUUGAAGUUUGAAAUACGAUAUGGGAACUUAUUUUUUGAUCGUUUACGGUUUCUUGUCUGAAAUUGGCAAUUUUCAGAAUGCAACCCAAAAACUUCGCGAUGAGAAGGCUAAAAUGACCAAAGAGAUGGCUCAGCUCAAAGAAGAACUCGAGCUGGCCAAGCAGCAAGCUGCCUCAUCGUCAGCUCAAGCCAACGUCCCAUCAGCACAACGGCCAACGAAGGCGUCGGCCGCGAAACAGCAACAAAAACGACCAGCGCCGCCGAAAAGUGCCCUCAAAAAUGUUUCGUGGAGCCCCAAUCUGGAGAAUGUACUGCAAAGAAGUGAACAUAGUGAUGUGAACAUUCCUGAUGACAUGGUAUGGGGGUUUGAAGUAGUUUUAGUUAUUAUAAUGGAGAUUUGAAAUUAUUUUUUUUUGGUAUUGCACAUUACAGGUGUGGGUCUCAACCGGAAAGCUGGAUGAGGGCACAGUUGACACCUUCAAGGAUUCGGAUGGCCAGUUAAUUGUACGACAGACUCUGAGCGACCGUUGUAGAGUCUAUAAGGCGGGAUCCAUCGAUUCGAAGUCAUUCAAAUGGAUGCAUCGAGAUGAAGGGCAGAUCGAGGUAAGGAUAAUAUAAAUUUUUGGCUUUUUUAAUCGGAAAAUACGAGAAUAACUGUUAUUUGGCUCUUACUACGUUAUUUUAUGUUUGAUUUCUUCAGAUUGACUUCCGGGAAGACGACAGGUUUGUCUCGAUCGACAUCCAUUCGAUCAAGAUUUGCAUGUUCCGCGAUGGCCUUAUGAUGGUCGAUUAUGCAGAUGAAGGGCAAAUGUACAUAUUGCCGGAUGGCCAACGAAUUGAAGUUAUAAGAAACGAACAUGGAGGCUUGGAAAGGAUAGAAUUGUAAGGGGUUUUUGAUAUUAUCCUAGGCCGCUGAUGUUGAAGAUCGAUUUUUGUUAUGAUGUUUAGGAAUAAGGGAGUUGUAGGGUAAGGUAGUGAAUACUGGAGGUUGUUAUAGGAUGUGCUCACGUUUUUGCAGGGUUUUGGGAUGUAUGAGAUCAAAAAAUUUUAAAAGUAUUUAUGAAGAAGAUUAUGGGUUUUGAAGUAGAUCUGAAAGAAAUGGAGGUUAAUAGAUACUUUAUAAAGCUAGAAUACGAUAAAUUGGACUUUAUAGUAUGUUGUCGAUUGAUUUCCGAUGCAAUAGACCAACAAAAAAUGAUUUUUUUCAGGUUUUCCAAGGAGAAGGUCAUUAUUUAUGACGGGGAAGAGACUCGAGAGAAACCGAUAGAGUUGAACAAGAAAAAGUACUCGAAAAGGACCGGCGUCGAGUCGAAAUGUAUGUACAUCAAUGACGGCUCCAUCAACUUCUUCAACAAGCAUUUCGAAUGCAGAUAUUCGGAGGACAAGUUCAUCAGGUUCCUCUCAAAACCCCAUGAACUUCUUUUCGAUCUGCAUUGGAAAACGGGAAGAAUUGAGAUUCAGCAUUGGCAUGGGCCGGAUCAAAAACGAGACGACUGUUAUUGUAAUGGAUUCCCACCUCAAAGAAGUAAAAAUUGA